AUGAUUUCAUUUUUAUUCUGUUGUCUUGCAUUGGCCACGAUAUCCUGCAUUGUGCCGAGCACACACGCAUCGUGGCGAAGAGGACACGUUAAACUGGAAGAGAAUGGAUACACAGGGAUUGUUAUUGCGAUCCACAGCAGUAUACCAGAAAACGUCCAAAUAAUCGAACAACUACAGGUUGCAUUUACAGACGCAUCAGAUUUUCUAUUUACCGCAACCAAGCGACGAGCAUAUUUCAAGGACAUCAGUAUACUAAUACCAACAACAUGGUCACACAAAUCCGAAUAUAGCAAUGCAACAAAAGAGUCUUACGAGAAGGCAAACAUUAUAGUAGACACGGCGAACGCAGUGCACGGACAUACCCCAUACGUCAAACGGAUUGGUGGUUGUGGCAAGAAAGGAGAGUAUUUACAUCUAACGCCGACGUAUUUACUCGAUAGACAGCAGAGUCAACAAAAUUGGGGACCUGUUGGGCGAUUGCUAGUCCAUGAAUGGGCUCACUUACAUUGGGGAGUAUUCGACGAAUAUCCAACGCACGAUGACGACUACUUCUACGUCUCAGCCAAUGGGAAAAUAGAAGCCACAAGGUGUUCACUCCAAAUCAAAGGAUCAUAUAAACAAAGAGGAUCGGUUAAAGAUUGUGAUUUCCGUAAUAUUACAAAACUGCAAAAAGCAGACUGUCAUUUUAUCCCAACUCUUUCGAAUGCCUCGGACUCAGCAUCGUUGAUGUAUAUGCAGUUUUUGCCAACUAUCACCGGUUUUUGUCACAAUAACAUCUCAGACCUUGCAGGAUAUCACAACCGAGAGGCACCAAAUAAACAAAACAAACAGUGUAUGGGUAAAAGUGUGUGGGAGAUCAUAUUAAACUCGGAAGACUUCGAAUACGGCACUAACUUACCAGUUGACCCGACCGUCACGAUAGAUACCACUCCUAGAUUUCGUAUAGUGCAAAGCAGAGAACGUCGAUUGGUAUUAGUAUUAGAUAGAUCGGGAAGUAUGGAGGGUGUGAGACUGACUAAAUUACGACAAGCUGCUAGCGCUUUCAUACGUAAUACUAUCUGUGAAGGCAGCUACCUUGGCAUUGUAGAGUUCUCUGAGUUCGCGCAGGAAUUGGCGCCCCUGACACUGGUUAAUGGGAGCGAUUCACGAGAAGGAUUGAUUCGGAGACUUCCCCAUUCUGUCGGUGGGUGGACCAGCAUUGGUGCAGGAAUAAUGAAAGGUAUUGAGGUGUUAUCAACUAAUGGACAGAACCCAGAAGGCGGCUUGAUAAUGGCAAUUAGUGACGGAGGCGAAAACCGCGCACCUACGCUAUCAGAGGCAUUGCAAGCAGUGGAUGAGUCGGGUGUUACCAUAGACACUAUAGCAUACAGUGAACAAGCUGACGAGAAUCUGGCAUCUCUGGCAGCUAGGACCGGUGGUAUGUCUUUCUUUUACUCCGGGGAUGACGAUUCCACGGUACUGGAGGACGCCUUCGCCACCUCAAUUACAAGUCGCGCUGCAGAUUUCACGUCAGAUGACACAUACAUAAAGUUAUGGAGUGAAGUUGUUCAUGUGUCAGCAAGAGGAGAAAACUAUGGGCAUCUUUACAUCGACAGCACAGUUGGCAUGGAAACUGAAUUUUCGUUCACAUACACAGAGAGCAGAGUAACAGUAGUUAUAAAGCGACCAGACUCGUCUAUAAUCGAUGCUACAUACGAUGGCUAUAAAGUCGAUGAUGAAUUCCACAGAGUCGUUGUCACACUCCGUGAACACUCAAGGGUACCCUCAAAGAAAAGAAACAUACCCCAAAUUCAACUCAGAGAGCGUCACUUAUUUCCCCCUGACGACGAACCACAUCCAUCCACCCAACAGCGAACGAAGCCCCACGAACCCGAUAACAGAAAACAGGUCACAAUUUAUGCUGAAGUAAGCAAAGGAUAUCAGCCAAUCCUCGAUUCUGACGUCACAGCCUUGAUUGACAGACCACCAGCUACAACUAACGAGCAAGGAAGUACUAUUGCAAUAUCAUUACUCGACAAUGGUUCUGGGUCCGACAUAGAAAAAGGAGACGGCAUUUAUUCUGUCUAUUUUUUGGAUUUCACAUCGAAUGGAUACUAUGGAGUACGUGUUGUGGUGACCAAUGAUCACGGCAAUGCAAGACUAAAGCUGCCUACUGCGAGUGGUCAUCGUGCAAUCCAUGUAGACGACGAUUCCACUGCACCUACGUCAAAUACGAAUACGUCAUCAGAUCAGUUAGAAUCCUUCAAUAGAGUUGUGUCUGGAGGCGCAUUUAAGCUAAACAAUUACGAUCAAUCUACCUCUGACGAAAACUUAGAAGAUAUCUACCCUCCGUCGAGAAUCACGGAGUUGACUAUUGUUGAGGUGUCGUCGGAAACACGACACGUCACGCUGAGUUGGACUGCACCAGGAGACGACCUGGACCGUGGAACAGCUGCAGCUUACGAAUUGCGUGUCGGUGAAAGUUAUUCUGAGUUGUAUGACGAUUUCCAAUCUGCGACGCCGCUGAAUAACAGUUAUGUCAUAGAAGGUAAUUUCUCAACUCCUAAACUCUCUGGUUUGACGGAGCUGUUUGUUGUAAGAAUACCAGAGUACAUAUCGACAUUGAGAAUCUCUCUUUCGGUGCGUGCUGUUGAUGACGCUGGAUUGUUUGCGGAACCGUCAAAUAUUGUCUCUACCAGCUUUGAAUCUUGGGAACCCGACCGUGGAUCAAUGCCUACGACUACUAUUGAUACUACUAUUACUACUAAUGACAAAUUUACUGUUGACCCUACACCAACUACUGUGACAAAUCAAGGUUCAUCCAAUUUCAGUUCGUCACCAGACACUAUUCCUUUUAGCCCUGCAACAUCAAACUUGCAGACGACACACUCACACGUACGGACAGCUACUUCGACAGGUGCAAUGACGACAACCACAUAUAGUCGAGAAGGUUCACGAAACAGAUGUAACACUCGUUUUAACAACUUCAGACGAUCUUGA